CGCAUCCUCAUCAUGUCGGAGACUGCUCCUGCCGCCCCUGCUGCUGCUCCUCCUGCGGAGAAGGCGCCUGCGAAGAAGAAGGCUGCCAAGAAACCGGCAGGGGCUCGCCGCAAGGCGUCCGGACCCCCAGUGUCCGAGCUCAUCACUAAGGCUGUGGCCGCCUCCAAGGAGCGCAGCGGCGUGUCCCUGGCUGCGCUCAAGAAGGCGUUGGCGGCCGCCGGCUACGAUGUGGAGAAGAACAACAGCCGCAUCAAGCUGGGGCUCAAGAGCCUGGUGAGCAAGGGCACCCUGGUGCAGACCAAGGGCACCGGCGCCUCCGGCUCCUUCAAGCUCAACAAGAAGGCGGCUUCCGGCGAGGCCAAGCCCAAAGCCAAGAAGGCAGGCGCGGCCAAGGCUAAGAAGCCCGCGGGUGCAGCCAAGAAGCCUAAAAAGGCGACUGGUGCUGCCACCCCCAAGAAAGCCGCCAAGAAGACCCCGAAGAAGGCGAAGAAGCCCGCGGCGGCUGCCGUGACCAAGAAAGUGGCCAAGAGUCCAAAGAAGGCUAAAGUUGCCAAGCCUAAGAAAGCCAAGAGUGCGUCUAAGGCCGUGAAGCCAAAGGCUGCCAAGCCCAAGGUUGCUAAACCCAAGAAGGUUGCAGCCAAGAAGAAGUAGGCUGUCUUCCUCCUUAAACCCAAAAGGCUCUUUUCAGAGCCACCACUCCCACUUGAAGACAGAGCUGUGACACUUGUGUGGUGACUACCUCCUUCCCCUUACUUUCUGCGCAGGCAGGUUGCAUGGGAUGCAGUCCAGUCAGUCCCGCGGGGUGGACUCCCUAUUUCACCCUAAGAUGGUGCCUGUACUGUGCGAGUGAGGAUGUGUUCAGUGCUGUUGCUCCACUCCACGGCUGUCGAUAGCCAAGGGUAACCCUAGGCACUACUCAGUAUUGAUCUAGGUGGUUUGAAAGUUGCGCCUUGCUUGCGGGUUGGCUCACUCCCGCCCCAGACUUGAGUCCUUAGUUUGAUUGGGCGCCAAUCGGUGUUGCGGUCUCCGGAAGCUUUCUCUUGUGUGGAGAAAAGCAUCUUUUCCUAAGGUGUCGCGAAGCUUGGGAGAUCAGGUGCAGCCAACGAGCUGACUUCCUUAACGUAGACAUUUAAAUGUCUAUGGAAAGGACCCACCCGCCCAGUUACUCCGGACCUGGGACUAAUGUUUCUCGUACUUUCGGUUUGUUUGCUUCAAAGAGGAUGAUGGGUCAAACUGCGUCACAACCUUGGUCAGCCAUUUUUUUUUUUGUUUUGUUUUGUUUGCGACUUACCGAUUGUUAGACUUGUUUUGCCUUAUUUUGACACACAGUCUCAUUUUAGAUGGUCCUCAAACUGGCUUCCUGAAAUGUUUAGGUUGUAGAUGUGUGUCAACUGUAACGAUCGACCUUGCAUUAUUAAUACUGAGGUUUCUUGCUACGCUUUGAAUAAAUUACUAUCUGUUGAAGGUGUAUUGGGAUGCUUUAAAUAAGAGCCCUUUAUUUUCA